UUGGGAGCGUUGGGAUCUUUAUGUUAACAAAAUAAAAUCGAGUUUCUUAAUUUGACUUUUCUCUCAUUAUUAUUAUUUUAUUUUUUUUACCUGGUGCAGUUCAGCCUUUGAACCAGUAGGUGUCAGAAGCUGCUGGCGGAAGCGAAACCGAUCGUGUUGCUUCUGAACCUCCUGCAUCGCCUCUGGCUACGAGCUACGUUUGUCGUAGCGAGAUUUUUUCUUUUGUUAUUAACGUAUCAUUUUCGAUUUUUUUUUUUUUUGCAUAAGCUAAUGUCUUUGAACGCACCAUGAAGCCGCAGCUGAGCGGGGCCACGAGACGCGCGUCUGCGACUCCGCACGCCGCGGAUGACGCUGCGCUGCUUUUGCAAGAGGAGCUUGUUGCGGCGAUAUACGGAGCGUUCGAAGUGGCCGUGCAGAUCGCAGUUGGAGAGGUGAAAAGGCUGCUGGGCCGGAACUCGGGAGACAUGUACGAGGGGAUGCGACGAGAGAACGAGUCCCUCAAGCAAAGGCUGCACAGGGCUGAAGCCAUGUUGGAGCCCGCGAGCGACGGAAGCCCUCCGCCCACAAAGCGACACCUCGACCCCCCGGAUCAAUACGGUCGAACAAGACCCACGCUUGACGCAGGUGGUGUGCAUGGUUGUGAGGGGGUCAGAGGUGACGCGCCCCCUGCCCGGCCCCCGCCCUCCGACCCCCAGGAUCGACACGUGAGCAGACAUGAAGAGCAGAGGUCGGGCGGUGAUGUGGCUUCAGAGCCACAGGAGGAAGAACGACAUGGUGGAUGCACCGAGAGAGUCACUGAAGAGAUUUCCCGUGAAUGUGUGGUGAAGGUAGAAACCGGUAAGCAGCCGUGUCAGGACUCGACGGCUCAAGACUGCAAUGUGGCUCCACUUCCCGGCAACGGCGCCAAGUCCACAUUGGAGCAGGUCACAGUAAAGCAGGAGAUGCCCGAAGAGGAGGAGAGCGAUGGUUCAGCUUGCUUUUUAGACUCUAUCAAAGUGGAGGAGUUUAGCCUGGAGUCUGUGUUGGAGUGGGAAACAGAUGUGCCGGAUACUCUGAGCCAAGAUCCAAACACCAGGCUGCCUCAGGCUCAUCCUACGAACAUGACUACAGGCCUUCCACCACCAACAGAUCUUCCGUCCCUCUCCUCCGAGUUUCCCAUCUUCCAGGUGGCAGAACCAGCUCCCAUCCCAGAACCCCGUCCGCAGAUUUAUGGAGUCCAUGUGCGGACCAGCCACACCAUCGGCAACAUUUACUCCUGCAAGUUCUGUGGUGAGACCUUCCACCUGCCCAGCUUGCUGCGGCGCCACCAUGGCCAGUGCCCACAGAGGCUCCAGCAGCACUUUCAGGAGCCUGGAGCAGGAAGCAAGAGAAACAGACUGCAGCUCUACCCUCCGGGCUGCAGCCCCUUCCGCUGCACGGAGUGCAACAGAGAGUUCAACCGCAUGGAGAACCUCAAGACCCACCUUCGCAUACACACGGGAGAGAGACCGUACACCUGCUCGGUGUGCUUCAAGUGUUUCCGUCACUCUGGUGCAUUAACCAGACACUUCCGUAUCCACACGGGAGAGAAGCCGUACAUCUGUGGACAGUGUGGGAAGUCGUUCAGAAACUGCGGGGGGCUUAAAUUCCACCAGCAUUCACACAGCAAGCAGCUACAGUUAAGUGGGACUCAAGAGUUUUAAGGUCUACAGGACCAAAUGUCCUUUGUGAUAUAACACCACUUCUUUGUUUGGAGUGCUCAAAAUGUUUGAUUAUUUUUAUGCUUAAAAAUCCAUUUUCACCGAGUUUUACAGACUGCAAGUUCUGAAACUCCUUAAAAUUUUCCGGACAGACAUUAUAUAUCCCUUAUGUACAACUAAAGGGGCUUUAAAAUUAUGCUUUUUAAUGUUAUAACCAGAAAAACACAAUUUCUUGUAACAUUUUAGUGUUUUGAAUGAUAGAAACACACACCAAGUAUAAAAAAAUGAACAAAGUGAAAACAUCAUUCCCUAUCGUUGAUGGAUGCAUUAUCUACAUUUCAGUGCUCGAUCACACUGACUGACAGGUGACAAAUCAAUAACAGGGUAUCCUGUGCUGCUCUAGGUUAAGGGCUCUCACCCAGAAAGCAGAAUUGCAACUUUUUGGAACGAGUGCAUCGUACUGAUCCUGUCAAAUGAUCAUAAACUUUUUUGUCAAUGAAACAAUCUUGAUUUGCUUCAUUUCAGUGAUCUGUAAAUUUGUCCUCUCACUGGUAGAAAAGGAUGAAGUCAGCUAUUUAGCUACAUACUGUACAUGCAUGUGAUGGCUCAGUAUUUUCUGAAAUUAAGCUUUUAACAGGAUUGUAAAUGUAAAUGCCUUAUUUUAUGAUAAUAUUAAAGAAAAUCAACGAGCCAAUUUGUUUGGUAUUCAUGACUGACUUCAUUUUUCCUGAUUGUGUGCUAAAAAAAAUUUUAUUUUGACACUGGAAAAUAAUGUAAUUUGAGUAAUAAAUGUAUAGAUAUACUUUUGAAAGUGAACAAAGGAUGUAUGUUUUGUUGUACUGUACCAAUAUAUGUGAAAAUUUA